CUCUGGCUCUGAUUGGCGGAAGGGGAGCGUCUGCUGGCCCGAAGGCAGCCGAGAGAAAUUUGGGGCGAACGGCCGAGGGAGCUGCUGGCGUUCCCGGAGCUGCGGGCGACCGAGGUGAGCCUGGACCACGCGGAAAUGCAUCAUUUUGAAGAGGAACUAACAUGUUCAAUUUGCUAUAGUAUAUUUGAUGACCCCCGUGUACUGCCAUGUUCACAUACAUUUUGUAGAAACUGCUUGGAAAGUGUUCUUCACCUGUCAAACAACUUUUCCAUAUGGAGACCCCUAAGGCUUCCACUGAAGUGUCCCAACUGUAGAAGCAUUGUUGAAAUUCCUCCCACUGGUACAGACUCUUUGCCUGUAAACUUUGCAUUAAAAGCAAUCAUUGAAAAGUAUCAGCAAGAGGAUCAUCCAGAUGUUGCUACUUGUAGUGAACAUUAUAGACAGCCACUGAACGUUUACUGCCUUCUAGACAGAAAAUUAGUUUGUGGCCAUUGUCUUACAAUAGGAAAACACAAUGGCCAUCCUAUAGAUGACCUUCAGAGCGCUUACAUGAAAGAAAAAGCAACUCCUGGCAAACUCCUUGAGCAAUUGACGGAUAAACACUGGAGUGAAAUAUGCUUGCUUAUUGAUAACCUAGAGAUACAGAAAGCUCACUGUGAGAGUAUUAUUCAAGAAGAUAAAAAAACUGUGCUGCAGUAUUUUAAGAGACUGAAUGAUGCACUUGAUCAAAAAAAACAAGCUUUUCUUGCAGCUUUGGAUGAAGUGAAUGCACAGAUAAUAGCAGAAUAUGAACCUCUUAUUGAAAUGAUGAAAGGAAUACGAGAAGAGCAACUUGAACUAAUGUCAGUAAAUACAUCUAUUCAGGAGGAGGAGUCUCCUCUUCUUUUUCUGGAGAAGGUUGAGGAUCUCCGUCAGCGUGUUAAAGCUUUGAGGCAAAAACCAGUACCAAAAAUUAAGCCUGUUGAAAUUUAUCCUCGAAUAGGGCAAGUGCUGAAAGAUGUGUGGACCAAAAGUGAAAUCAGCCAGAUCAAUAAGAUCCUUAUUCCCAAAAUAAAGCUGAUUUCAAAAGAAGUAUGCAGCCUCGACUGUGAAAAGAAUAGACGAUCUAAAGAUUUUUUCUGGUCCUUAAGUCCUUUGGUAGCUAUAUUGAUUAUUUUGGUUUUGGGAGUUGUUUUCUUUAAUCAACACUUAAUAUCAUUUGUAAAUGACAUAGCCUUUCCAUAUAUUCUGGGUGCCUUGGAAAUAGUUUAUCAAGACUUAAGUAAGAGGUUGAAGAUGCUGACAGAAACUUUGUGGCACACUUCUGAUCUUUUACUCGAAUAUCUAUAUGGAAUAGUUCCAUCAAAGUGAAUAUUUCAAAUAGUAACUUUUGCUGUGUGAAGAACAAAGUGAAAACCUUAAUGGAUUAUUUUAAUGUUUGACCCAUUACUUUUAACCUGAUGCUAAGUAUAGUAUGAUUGCAAUUAAGAGUAUGGUGGAGUCUAUUGUCAGCAGCGUUGAAGUUACCACAGCACUGCAAACAGACAUACCAGCAACAAUGUUUAAUGCUUGGGAUAAACAUAUCUUAAAAUCACAGUUCUUAGAAUUUCUAGUCUUAGAAUGUGUGCAUAAGCUACCUCACACAAAUAUGGGUGUAAGUGGAGAUAGAUGGUCCUGUAGAUUGGGAGACAGGACAGACUGAUUUGAUAUCUGCCACUGCUUGUGCUAACUUUUCUAACUUUCACAAUUUUUAUAAACAUUUCUUAUUAAAGUUUGUUUCAUGCACAAAAAGCUGGAAUGAACAAAUAAAGCAUAUGAUAGCCAUUUAGUUAGCUGCUGAUGCUACUUUAUAUAAUUUUUAGCACUUGCAUGAUAGGCAACCACACAUUGAAUAUAAUACCAAGUAAAGAAGUUCCUAUGGGAUUUAAAGUGGCCAUCAUGUAGGUGCUUAUGUGUUGUUUCUCUUAAUGUCUGUCAUCUACUUAAGAAUUAUGGGGUCAUAUUAUUCUUACUUUUAAAUGAUAAAAUGUAUAAUGGAACUAUUUUUCCAGAUAUUAGGAAUUCAGAAUUUCUAUCUUUCCAUGUGCUAAAUGUUUUAACACUUUGUAUUCCAUUAUUUUAACAUUCUUUCUCAAAGCAUUUAAUAAAAAGUCAAGAAAAAGGGA